GUCUGUGCCUGCCUGUGCAAAGUAGGGUUUCCACCGGGACACAGGCCGCCUCCAUCCCAUGGCGCGCGCCGCCGCCUCCAGGCUCGCCGCCGUGGCGAACUCUUCCUCUACGCGCGAGUUGUUCGCCCGCCACCUCGCCGCCGCUGCCGCCUCGGCGUGGACCGCACCGCCGCGUCUGCCUGAACCAGGGAGGGAGCGGCGGAGCCCGGGCUGGUGGUGUCCGAGCAGGUCGUUUCAUGCCACAAGGCGGGUGUAUACAAGGGAUUACUAUGAUGUGCUUGGAGUAAGCAAGGAUGCUUCUGCACCGGAUAUAAAGAAGGCAUAUUAUGCGCUCGCAAAGAAGUUCCAUCCUGAUACUAAUAAAGAUGCUGAUGCAGAAAAAACAUUUCAAGAAGUUAACCGUGCCUAUGAGGUUUUGAAGGACAAUGACAAGCGUGAAAUAUAUGAUCAGCUUGGACCAGAAGCAUACGAGCGUCAAGCGUCAGGUGGUGACCCUGGAGGGCCGGGUUUUCCUCGGGGUAACCCAUUUGGUGACAUCUUUGGUGAUAUCUUUGAUAAUGCAUACAGAGGUGGCCAAGAUGUCAAGGUUUCUGUUGAACUAUCAUUCAUGGAAGCUGUCCAAGGUUGCAGAAAAACCAUUACGUACGAAGCUGAUACUUUUUGUGGAACUUGCAAUGGAAGUGGCGUCCCCCCUGGAACUGUGCCUAAAACAUGUAAAACAUGUAAAGGCUCUGGCGCGAUAUACAUGCAGAAGGGUAUAUUUACUGUCGAAUGUACUUGCUCCCUGUGCAAUGGGAGCGGGAAAAUUGUCAAGAGUUUUUGCAAGACUUGCAAAGGAGAACAGGUAGUGAAGGGGAAAACGUCAGUCAAGCUAGAUAUAGCCGCAGGAAGUGACGAUAAUGACAUCAUGAAGGUUUUUGGUAAGGGUGGUGCAGAUGUUGACCGAAAUAAGCCUGGUGACCUUUAUGUUACUAUCAAGGUCAGAGAGGACCCUACUUUUCGAAGAGAAGGCAUCCAUGUGCAUGUUGAUUCUGUUUUAAGCAUUGCUCAGGCUGUCCUAGGUGGAACUGUCACGGUACCAACCCUCACUGGAAAUGUUACAGUCAAGGUUCGUCAAGGUACCCAACCUGGAGAGAAGGUCGUCCUCCGGGGCAAAGGAAUAAAAGCGAGGAACUCGCCAGUGUUUGGGAAUCAGUAUGUACACUUCAAUAUCAGGGUUCCGACGGAUGUGACGCAAAGGCAGAGGGAGCUGAUAGAUGAGUUCGAUAAAGAGGAGUGCGCAGACCGGGAAAGACCUGCGGUUGCCUCCGGAUGAAGUUUUUGGUUCAACCAUUAAUUAGUUUUAGCACCACACUAGUUUGAUGCCCUCAAUUUCUCCAACCCGCCAUAAGGUGCUGUAGGCACCAAAAGCUUAUUGUAACAUUUGAAUCUUAUAUAGCAUCUACCCAGUGUGUAACGUAUACAUUACGCGCUAAAUUAUUGUACCAUUUUCGAUUUUUAAACAGAAAAGAUAGCGGGGGUUGUCUUC